AUGCAAGGGUCUAAAUUAUGUCUUCCAGUAACACCAAAUUUCAAAAUGUUAACCGAAAAGUUAACUUCAGAAGAAAAAAUGAAGCUAAACUAUACUGAAAGAUUACAGAUGCACAAGCCGUGUGGAUACUGCUAUGUAGUAGUUUGCAUGAACAGUUCACUUAAUUAUGAGAAUCAAAGAGGAGCUUAUAAAUAUUCAGCAGAUCUAUCUGCAUCAGCUGAAAUGAUCAUGAUGCCAGGAGACUUAAAGGCCUAUAAUGAAGCAACCGAAUGCUGGGUUUGUGCAAUGACCCAAUACAUGCCUACAGAAAUUUUAGGUAAAGUAGCAUCAGAGAAAAUACCAGAUAUCAAAAGCAUAGCGUCAAAUGCAGAAAUCGGCUAUAUACUAGAAGUUGAUCUAGAAGUCCCAGUGCACUUACACGAUUUCUUUGCAGAUUAUUCAUUAGCGCCUGAAAAGCAAAUAGUUCCAGAAGACUGGCUUAGCUUAUAUAAUGAAAGAUUAGUCUAUGAUAAAGAAGUUGGAG